AUGAAACGUGAUUACAAUCCGUAUGAGGCGGAGAGUCGCAUGGGUUCUGUGAAAGCCGUCUCUGGCCCCGUCGUUAUUGCGGAAAAUAUGAGUGGAAGCGCAAUGUACGAACUUGUGCAGGUGGGAUCUUUUCGACUUGUUGGAGAAAUCAUUCGGCUUGAGGGUGACACCGCAACAAUUCAGGUGUAUGAGGAGACAGACGGUCUCACGGUUGGUGAUCCGGUUUAUUGUACUGGUAAACCUCUUUCCCUUGAACUUGGUCCUGGUAUUAUGUCCGAGAUAUUUGAUGGAAUUCAACGUCCACUGGAUACUAUUUACCGUAUGGUGGAAAAUGUGUUUAUUCCAAAGGGUGUUCAAGUAAAGGCUCUUGAUGAACAUAAGCAAUGGGAUUUUAAACCACGUGUUAAGGUUGGUGAUCUUGUUACAGGUGGUGAUAUCCUUGGAUCAGUAGUGGAAAACUCACUGAUGUACAACCAUUCUAUUAUGGUCCCACCAAAUGUACAAGGACGAAUUACAUCUGUUCAACCUGCAGGUAAUUAUACACUCCAAGAUGAAAUUGUGGAGUUGGAACACAAUGGUAAAAAGAAAUUUCUUAAACUGAUGCAUCGCUGGCCUGUUCGUACACCACGUCCUGUGGCAGUAAAAGAGUCAGGUAAUCACCCUCUUCUUACUGGUCAACGUGUAUUGGACGCUUUAUUCCCUUCUGUUCAAGGUGGUACCUGCGCUAUUCCUGGUGCUUUUGGUUGCGGUAAAACUGUUAUUAGCCAAGCACUAUCAAAGUAUUCUAACAGUGAUGCUGUUAUUUACGUGGGAUGUGGAGAGCGCGGUAAUGAAAUGGCAGAAGUCUUAAUGGAUUUCCCUACUCUUACUACAGUUAUUGACGGUCGUGAGGAAUCUAUUAUGAAACGUACAUGUCUGGUAGCUAAUACUUCUAAUAUGCCUGUAGCUGCUCGUGAAGCUUCCAUUUAUACUGGUAUUACCUUGGCUGAAUACUACCGUGAUAUGGGUAAACAUAUUGCUAUGAUGGCGGAUUCAACCUCACGUUGGGCAGAAGCUCUUCGAGAAAUUUCUGGACGUUUGGCUGAAAUGCCUGCAGAUGGUGGUUAUCCAGCUUAUCUCAGUGCCCGUCUGGCUUCUUUCUAUGAACGUGCUGGUCGUGUUACUUGCAUUGGUGGUCCUAAACGUGAGGGUUCUGUUACUAUUGUUGGUGCUGUUUCUCCACCAGGUGGUGACUUUUCUGAUCCUGUGACUUCUGCUACACUUGGUAUUGUUCAAGUCUUCUGGGGACUUGAGAAGAGACUGGCACAACGGAAGCACUUUCCCUCAGUAAAUUGGCUUAUUUCGUACUCUAAGUAUUUAAAAGUGCUUGAACCAUUUUUUAAUACAUUUGAUCCAGAUUAUAUGCGUCUUCGCUCUGUUGUUGCGGAGAUUUUACAACGUGAAGAGGAACUUCAAGAAAUUGUGCAACUUGUCGGUAAAGAUUCUCUUUCUGAGUCAGACAAAAUUAUUUUGGAAACUGCUAAACUUAUUCGUGAGGAGUUCUUACAACAAAACGCCUUUACUCCAUAUGAUAAAUUUUGCCCAUUGUACAAAACAUGCUGGAUGCUGAGGAAUAUCGUUACAUUCUACGAAGAAGGCCAACGUGUUGUGGCGGAAUCUGCAGGUGAUCACAAGAUUACCUGGAACUACAUCCGUGAAAAGAUACCGCAUGUUUACACAGGUCUUACUGAGAUGAAAUUUAGGGAUCCUGUGGAAGGAAAAGAGGAAAAUAUUGAUUACUUCAAAAAGCAAAAUGAAGAGAUUAUCAAUGCAUUUGCCUCCCUUUUACAAUAA